GUCGGGCAGUUGGAGGAUUGCGGAGCGUUCGGUUACCUAGGAGAGCUGUGUGGGGUGCUGCCGUGUGGACGCCCGAGGUCCCUCCUGUACGUCCCGCCGAAGGAUCUUAAAAAUUGUACAGAAUUUCAACAUGAGUGAAACUUCUGAAGUGAUUCCAAAUUUUGAAGAAAUGUUUGCAAGCAGAUUCACACAAGAUGACAAAGAGUACCAGGAAUACUUGAAACGUCCUCCUGAAUCCCCUCCAAUUGUUGAGGAAUGGAAUAGCAGAGCUGGUGGUCACCAAAGAAAUAGAGGCAACUGGCUGCAAGACAACAGACAGUUUAGAGGUAGGGAUAACAGACGAGGAUGGCCAGGUGACAACCGGUGGAAUCAGUGGCAUGGACGAUCAUGGGGUAACAACUACCCACAGCAGAGACCAGAGCCUUACUAUCAACAACAGUGCGGACAGUACGGUCACAACCAGCGGCCUCCAUAUGGUUACUACUGACAGAUGUCGGCAGCUUUUAACAAAAGACCAUUGAUUUUGACACCAUGCUAAAUGUUGGUCUUCUUUUGGUCAUAGCUUUUCAUUCUAUUUUAAAGAAUGAGUUGUUAAUUGUUUAGGACUUGAGACUUGAAAAAAAUUGAUUUUACUAGGGGUAUAAUGAUUGGUGGGGCUAAAUCUAUCAAGUGUGAAUUGCGUUGCUUGACAUUAUAUUAAAUACAGUUUUGUUUUAUGAUUUAAUAGUGUUUGAGUUUGGUCUGUUUUCCUUAUUUGGCCUCUAGGGGUUCUGUGUAUGUCAAAGAAAUAAAAGUUUUUAACUAGAAA